GACAACCCAACUGAUGGAAGUAUCCAACAUUCGCUUCACACAGGAGCACGUCUACGACACUUUCAAUGCGAACUCAGAUCGCGCCGGCAGCGUCUUGGACCUCAUGGAAUCCAUCCUGUCAGGUGAAAAGACACCGUGGGAUAUUCCGCUCAUCCGAGUUGCUGCUAAGAAGGGUGCAUAUUGGUGUGUGGACAAUCGCCGACUCUUCACCUACAAACAUUUGCAGCUUGGGAAGAUCCCGGUGCAGGUCUUUGGCUGGAAGGAGAACCGGGAGUUUGAGCUGAAGUAUCGCAAUGGUUUGCCGUUUCGUCAACAGACAAGCAACGGCCUGCGCGCCGGGUUGAUACAGCGGAGUGAACGCGCUUUUCCCAGGAGCUCUGUGGCGGAGCCCUCGCUUUCCAAGUUUCAAAAGCUGUUCACCAAAGCGGAACAGCGAAAGCACGAGGCGCGGAUCGCUGAGCUCCGACGGAAACGUGACAAAGAGCUUCAAGAGGACAAAGAUGCGGACGCCAGAGAGGCUGACGCAUCCUUGAAGGAGCUUCUGCAACCAUCCAAGGCGGUGCGAGCCAAGCGAAAGGUUCGCACUAGCGGAACUUUGGGUGGUAAGAAGAGAAGAGUGGCUCCAAAGAUUGAGGAGAAGGACAAGAAGUUGACUGUGACACUUGACAAGGAGGACUCCGAGGAAGAUGACUUCGCCAUCGAGAUCUCGGCGCCGUAAGGAUGUCGGAAGUUCAAUCGCUCGGAGCUGGAGGCUUGGCAGUCCUUUUCCGGAUUCCAGCAGCCUGCAAACAAAA